ACUUCAGCCUCGUCUUCAGGCGCCGACUUAUCCGGCCCAAGAUGACUGCCGUGGCGCCGUUCUCCGGGUUCUACUGAUAUUGGGUCAUACUGCCCGUCUACUCUGCGUCUAUCUACCGACACUCUCAUAAUUUCUAUCUUUUUUGUUUGUUUAUCUUCACAUUCUACAGUUAUGGCGUCAACUACUCCUCUGGCGAAACCGCCUGCUUUUGGCACCUCUAUUCCUAAGAGACCACACGCCGUGUCUGUCCAUCUGCCUAAAUGGGAGGAUGUCGUCGACGUUGCGCUUGGCAAACCCAGAGUUAAAGGAAUCUUGAAGGGCGGAUACCCACGAUCUUUUAUUCAUGAGAGCAUUGUAGCAGUCCACCAGGCUGUGUUGAAAAAGCACGGAAAUGAGACUCAAAUUGCCCUCGUCUUUCCUGCCAGAGAGCACGUUGAUGCUUGUAAGACGUAUCUCUGCACACCGCCUAAUGGCAGCGAAGGAAUUCCUGAGGAGGAAGUUCAGACGCUGAACUUGGAGUUUGACGUCGAAUAUGGACCGGAAGAUGGAUCUGCACUCACAACAACUCGUCAGCCUCUGUUUGCCGUCCUCUUGCCUGCUACUCAUGCCGCCAAAGCCCAAGUGUUUUGGCGCAUUACAGGCUGUGGUAUUUCGUCUCGUCUUGCAGACGACUUGAUCAAGAACUUGGAUACUAUGACGAUUGCACGCGAGACGGAAACCCCCAAAGCUUUCAUCACGUCGCGAUCUGCAGAGGUGGUUGUGCGUAACCGCAUUGGUAACUUCCUCGACCGCGCGCCGAUCAAGCCGCGUACUAAAUACGUCCAAUCAGACGACGUCUUCAUGUUUCCCGCAGGCAUGUCUGCUAUUUACAACUGCACGAAAGCACUCAAGAGUUGGCCUGGUGCGCAGAUGGUCGUUUUUGGCUUCCCUUAUGAGUUGACCGUCAAGGUCCAACAGGACUUUUCCAAAGCCUGCACAUUCUACGGCUUUGGCACCACUGUCGAGCUCGAUCAGUUUGAGGAGUCUCUUCGAAUUAAGAGCCUUAAGAACCCUGACGAGCGUCCUGUUCAAGCAGUUUGGUGCGAAUGUGCUUCCAACCCGUUGCUUCGCACUGUCGAUUUGGAUCGCAUCCGACGCUUGGCCGACAAGUAUGGCUUUCUGGUCAUAAUUGAUGACACUAUCGGCAGUUCGGCAAAUGUUGAUGUUAUGGAUAUCGCCGAUGUUGUGAUAACCUCUUUGACAAAAUCCUUUAACGGAUAUGCCGAUGUCCUCUGUGGAAGUAUCGCCUUGAACCCAGCAAUGCCUCAUUAUGAGAACCUCAAAAGCACCAUCUCCACCAGCUACACGAACUACUUUUAUGUCGCUGACGCAGUGCAGCUCGAGAUCAACAGCCGCAACUACCUCGAACGAAGCACUAUCAUGAACCGCAACGCCUCGUAUCUUGUGUCCAUCUUGGAGCCUCUCACAAGAGAUCAUCACCCAGACAGCCCACUCACACACGUCUACCACCCCAGCACUUGCUGGUCAGCAGAAAACUACAAAGCGCGUCUUCGCCAGUCCACAGAUGACUUCACCCCUGGCCACGGGUUCCUCUUUACACUUGAGUUUGUCAACCUCAAGGUCGCCACUGCCUUCUAUGAUGCCAUCCAGGUGUGCAAGGGUCCGUCUAUUGGCGCUCCCAUUACCCUGGCACUUCCAUAUGUCCAGGUUGUGUUCCAGAAGGAGAAGCAGUGGGCGGCUAGUUACGGCUUGAGCGAGGCCAUUGUCCGAAUUUCCGUCGGUCUUGAGGAUCAGAUGGCCCUUGCUAUGGCUGUUUUGGACGCUAUGAGAGUUGCUGACGCGUCUAUGGAGGAUAUUCGUCUGGAAAAGAGUACCCGUCAGCUCACAAUUGCCCCAGCCGCUGUCAGCAGAGCUAGUGUGGCGCCUCCCAUGGCGAGUGUGUAGAUAAUUUGCUUUUUAUCAUCAUUUGAUAGUAUAAUUUUCUGCUGUUUUUUCCUAGUAUUAGCACUUUUCUGCAAAUUGACCUACUUGCCAAUGAAAAUGACGUUUCCAUUUAUCGAUUUCUCUAUGUACGACACUCUGUGACUAUGAUUUACAGCAACAUACAAAAUGCAACUAUUCACAAUACCCAUCUAUGCUCGAAAAUCCACCAUCUAGAAUAUGCAAAUUGUGUUUGUCUUCCAUAAAAUCCACAUCCACCACAUGCAAUGUAUAUAUAUGCAUUAAACCUUGUUGUCACCCUUGAUGGUUCCAUACUCAUGGAUAACCUCUUCACGGUCGCUCUCAGUCUGCUGGUUGGAUGGUCCACAAGGGCUAGGGCCACAGCACAUGGGCUCACAAAUUACGGAGCAGCAGGCCUCCUUGGGGCCGAAGUAGCGAUUGAUGACGGGGAUGACAAUUGAACCCCAAACCAUGGUGGCGACAAUCAUGCCAAUACCAAAUGCAUAGCCGUGAGUCUUUUGGAAGUAAGGUGAAUCAGAAACAGGGAAUAGAACCUGCUGGGCAGGACUUUCUACGGCACUGCGAAGUAUGUUAGUGGAUCUGUCUGUCUGGACACGCUUAAGGAUGAAAGAAACAUACUAGCCAACUGAAACCAUCAUAGCGCUGAUAAAGGCACGCAUUUGUCUGUUGCCUGAGCAGGAACAGUUGAUCCAUGAUGCCAGGAGUGGUGAAAGAGAGUUGUAGGAGGUGGCAAGAUAGUAGGCGGCCAAUCGCAGAGAGUGGUCUGAGGUGUUGACGUAGAAUACAACGUAGCAUAGGAGCUGGACAAAGGCCAUCAAGAAGAAUGGAAGGGCUCUGUUAUCCAGUAGAUCGGCUACUGUGCUGCUGAGGAAGAUCCAUGCAAGUUGCUGAUCCUGUUAGAUGAGAUCCCUCCACUAUAAUCACUAGACGAAACUUACUGGGAAACCGCCAAUAGCGGGCAGAUUCUGUACGUCGUACUUGUUGUAGCCCACCUUUUGAAGGUAGAGGCCUAGCCAUCGCAUGAGGUUGACACCGCAUGUGAGCUCAAUAAAAGCCCAGGCGACGACGAAGGUGUACAGCUGCCAUGAGACAAGAAUCUUCUUGAUGGUAGCCAGAUCCCACUUACCGUUGGCUUCUCGCCCAUCGUCACGCAUACGCUUGAUGGCGAUCAUCUGCUCGUCUUUUGUCAUCCACCACAUACGCUUGCUCUCGGG